CACUGACGGGUACUGCGGGUAGUUCGAGAGUAGUUUAUUUUCAAAAUGGCUGCUGCCGCUGUUGUGGAGAGAUCUCGGGUGCCUUUAAAUCUGGACAAACAAAAAGAUCGCCAAGUUUUGAAGCAGCCCGUGGUACCAGCAGUUGAGGAUCCAUCUGAGAAUGAAGAGGAUGUCCAGGCACGUGUGCAGAGCAUUCUGGACCUCGGACAGCAGCUCAGCAAAGAGGGGAAAGCUAAAGAGCUUGGACAGCUGAUCAAGUCAACCCGGCCAUUUUUGAAUUUGAUCAGUAAAGCAAAAGCUGCAAAGCUGGUGCGUGCCCUGGUCGACAUGUUUCUUGACAUGGAGGCUGCAACAGGACUUGAGGUUGAGCUCUGCAAGGAAUGCAUUGAGUGGGCACAGAAGGAAAAGAGAACAUUCCUCAGGCAGUCAUUAGAAGCUCGGCUUAUUGCACUUAACUAUGACACGGGACGCUACACAGAUGCGCUGGCUCUAGGCAGCACACUGCUGAAGGAGUUGAAGAAAAUGGAUGACAAAAAUCUUCUCGUUGAAGUGCAGCUCCUUGAAAGUAAAGUGUACCAUGCUCUCAGUAAUCUUCCACGUGCAAGAGCUGCACUGACGUCUGCACGGACAACAGCAAAUGCUAUCUACUGUGCCCCAAAGCUCCAAGCAGCGCUAGACAUGCAAUCUGGUGUAUUGCACGCAGCGGACGAAAGAGAUUUCAAGACAGCUUUCUCGUAUUUUUAUGAAGCCUUUGAAGGAUACGACUCUGUGGACAGCCCACGUGCACUCACUGCACUCAAGUACAUGCUUCUCUCCAAGAUCAUGCUCAGCGCACCAGAUGAUGUACAGUCGAUUGUGAUGGGGAAAUUGGCGCUUCGCUAUUCUGGUCGAGAAGUGGACGCCAUGAAAGCUGUGGCCCAAGCUAGCCAUCGUCGUUCACUGGCUGAGUUUCAAGAGGCUCUGAGCCGCUACAAGAAAGAACUGGUAGAAGACCCAAUCAUCCAAGCACAUUUGGACACGCUCUAUGACAACAUGCUGGAACAGAACUUGUGCCGGAUUAUUGAGCCUUACUGUCGAGUCCAGGUCGAGCACAUAGCAAGCACUAUCAGGUUGCCCAUGGAGAAAGUAGAGAAGAAGCUGUCCCAGAUGAUUCUGGACAAGAAAUUCAAUGGUAUCUUGGAUCAGGGAUCUGGUGUUCUAAUCAUAUUUGAGAAGACAAUGGUAGAUAAGACAUAUGAAGCAGCCCUGGAGACCAUACAGAGCAUGGGACGUGUAGUUGACUCCCUCUACCAGAAAGCCAAGAAGCUAUCAUAAAGACUGGAUUUGCCUUCCAGUUCUUUAUUUUGUACAUACAUGAAUGCUGGCCCUCAGUCCCAUUCGUUGAAUAAAUUUUUUGACAACAAGCCUA